AUGUCUUCAGCGAAGGGCAAAACCCAGACAGUCGGGCCUGAAUUUCAGCCCCAGAACCAGAAGCCCACCGCCACGGUAUCGUGCAAGGUUGAAUUCGACAAUGUCUGCGUGCUGCCGCAGACACCGCAACUGAUUGCUCUCUUGUCCAUGAUUCGAAACAAGGACACUGAGAGAGCCGAUUUCAUCUUCUACUCUAACCGCAUUAUUCGAUUGCUAGUAGAGGAAGGCCUCAACCACCUCCCCGUCAUUGAGCAUGAUGUUACUACGCCGGUUGGCCGCACGUAUAACGGCCUGAUGUUCCAGGGGAAGAUAUGCGGUGUGUCCAUCAUGCGGGCCGGUGAGGCGAUGGAGCAGGGUCUUCGUGACUGCUGCCGUUCGGUGAGGAUCGGAAAGAUCUUGAUCCAGCGAGACGAAGAAACGGCACAGCCCAAGCUUUUUUAUGACAAGCUUCCAGAGGACAUCUCACAAAGAUGGGUUCUUCUGCUGGACCCCAUGUUUGCCACCGGUGGUUCGGCAACCAUGGCUGUUGAGGUGCUCAAAUCCAGAGGAGUCCCAGAGAACCGCAUUCUCUUCCUUAACUUGAUCGCCAGCCCUGAAGGCGUGGAAAAAUUUGCCAAGAAGUUCCCACUUUUGAAAGUUGUGACUGCCUUCAUUGACGAAGGCCUUGACGAAAAGAACUACAUCGUACCCGGUUUAGGAGACUUCGGGGACAGGUUCUAUACCAUUUGA